GGGCCGACCGGUAGGCAUCAGUUUCAAUGUUGAUCUCUUGCGGUGAAUAAGGUGCCGUGCUCGCCAUUAGGAAAGGUGGAAAGUUUUGGAAUAUAUCUUGACUUACGAACGAACAGUGUGUUAUAUUAAGUGGAAUUGAAAAAAGCGAGCAGAUAUAAUCGCAGUUCGGUGUGCUUUUCGAUUGAAUUUACUCCAUCAAAUAAAUUAAAAUGUGUGACGACGAUGCAGCAGCACUGGUUGUUGACAACGGAUCCGGAAUGUGUAAGGCCGGUUUUGCUGGGGAUGACGCACCUCGUGCGGUUUUCCCAUCGAUCGUAGGACGUCCGCGUCACCAGGGUGUAAUGGUCGGUAUGGGUCAGAAAGACUCGUAUGUCGGUGAUGAGGCCCAGUCCAAGCGUGGUAUUCUCACCCUGAAGUACCCGAUCGAACAUGGCAUCAUCACUAACUGGGAUGAUAUGGAGAAGAUCUGGCACCACACCUUUUACAAUGAGCUUCGUGUCGCCCCGGAGGAGCACCCAGUCCUGCUGACUGAGGCCCCGCUCAACCCGAAGGCUAACCGCGAGAAGAUGACUCAGAUUAUGUUUGAGACCUUCAACUCGCCGGCCAUGUACGUCGCCAUCCAGGCCGUGCUGUCCCUGUACGCUUCCGGUCGUACUACCGGUAUUGUGCUGGACUCCGGCGAUGGUGUCUCCCACACUGUCCCAAUCUAUGAAGGUUAUGCUCUUCCCCAUGCCAUCCUCCGUCUGGAUCUGGCUGGUCGCGAUCUCACCGAUUACCUGAUGAAGAUCCUGACCGAGCGCGGCUACUCGUUCACUACCACGGCUGAGCGCGAAAUCGUCCGUGACAUUAAGGAGAAGCUGUGCUAUGUUGCUCUGGACUUCGAGCAGGAAAUGGCAACCGCUGCAGCCUCAACCUCGCUAGAGAAGUCGUAUGAACUUCCCGAUGGUCAGGUCAUCACCAUCGGUAAUGAGCGCUUCCGUUGCCCUGAGGCUCUCUUCCAGCCAUCCUUCCUGGGCAUGGAGUCGUGUGGCAUCCACGAGACCGUCUACAACUCGAUCAUGAAAUGCGAUGUGGAUAUCCGUAAGGAUCUGUACGCCAACACUGUGCUGUCCGGUGGUACCACCAUGUAUCCAGGCAUUGCUGAUCGAAUGCAGAAGGAAAUCACUGCAUUGGCACCAUCAUCGAUUAAAAUCAAGAUCAUCGCUCCUCCAGAGCGUAAGUACUCCGUCUGGAUCGGUGGAUCCAUCCUAGCCUCGCUGUCUACCUUCCAGGCCAUGUGGAUCUCGAAGCAGGAAUAUGACGAAUCUGGUCCAGGAAUUGUCCACCGCAAGUGCUUCUAAGACGGUUCACUGUUUAGACCUGUAUACAUGGCUGUCAAUGAACACUUAAACACCCCGCUGUACCGCCAAAGAUCGUGACUCGAGGUAUAGACAGUAAAUUAUAUAGUAUUACCCCACUUUUGCCAGGGGAACUCGAAUAUAUUAUAUUGGAAUCGCGUAGGCAUCACACAUUAGUAGUCUCUCUAUGCAAAUACACACAUAAGCAAUCGCAACACACACAUGCACACCCGCCCCUCAUAACUGUAACCAUUGGAUACACACCACUGGGUUUUCCGCAGUAAAUAUCUCGCGGGCUUUCUUUUUUGAGUAGGAGGAAAAUUUUACAACAUGAGCUCUUCACACUGCUGCGCCGCGAAAGUAGCCAAAACGAGUGAAAUGUGAUUAAAAGUUAGGAAAAAAUAACAAAAGAAAAUCCUUUGCGUGCGCGUGUACGCCGUGUUGUGUGAGUAAACACAUGGAAAGCUUACUUGUAGGUAUUUAGUCAUACUAAACAAACACACACACACACACACACAAGUAUUGAGUUCAACAAAUCAACUCUUUAUUGAAUGUGUCUCAGUCGUUUUUCUUCUGGAAAGGCUUCCGAGGUUAACCGAGUAUGUCGAUAGAUUCGAAUCCGUAUUGAACACACGCGCGUUUCUCUUAUGAAAAUAGACCUACGGCUUGUUCCCAUCGUAGUUUAUAGUGUGCAGGGGUAGCUUUUAGGUGGUAUCAGCCGCAGGGUGCUGUUUGUGUUAAGUUGCAGUUUAAUUUAUCGUUUCUUCUUAAUUUUUGCGAAUAUUCUUCCAGAAAUUCUACUAAAUAUUUAAUUUGAAGCGUUGAGAUUCGAUAAAACGAGGAAUAAAACGACAUCCCAAAUACUAAAUGGGAUUCUCAUGAACUUUAUGAAAUAAAAUAGAUAAAAGAUAA